GUACGUCAGUUAGCUUCGCACCUAGCUGUGGCUGUUUGUUCGCUGUCAGUCUGGAGGGAGCGCAGCGAUUCCUGUCAUCUGACCGCGGGACUGAAGAGACGGACUGGGUUAAGAUAUUGGACGGAACACAUUUGGAAUGAGGUGUAGGUGAGUAAAAUUUGAUCUGACAUUUAUUAUGGUGCAGUUGAAAGAUGGAUAUCAGCGUCAUUUCUUGGUGCUGGUGGUGUUUACAAACGGGGCUGAGCGUUAACGUGAGGUGAGGAUAACGGUCGUGAAUCUGGCUGAAGCCUACUUUAAUACGAUAUUAAUACCUGUCAAACUUCAAGUUCACACUCUAAACGGUAUUUUCUAUUUUAAACAGACAAAAGUGACCGAUAUAUCUGUCUCCGUGGCACUUAUAUGGGGCAAAAUUAGAGACAUUCCCAUGGUUUCAGGGUGUGACAGCACAAUUUAAAGCCUCUAAAUAACGCAUUCACAAACACGGUAAAAUAUCAUAAUUCACUCGUCGUAAUUAGCUGUAAGAAAUAAAUGGUAUCAAAUAUUGACCUAAUUUGUUCCUGGGAUCACAUGUAGGUCAGCUCAGACAGAUAAAUAUUUAAUUUGGCUUGUUUCCACUCCAGUUGACCAGUAUUAAAAAAUAAGGAGUAGAAAAAGGGAAAUGUGUGUGUAGGUUGGAGGCAUCCUGGCAGAAAUAGAUUGUGUGAUAUUGGCCGUGUAGUAGGAGGAAAAACAGCUCUGUAGUAAAUCCAUUAUAGCCUCAAUCCUUCUCUGCCCUGGCUGUAAUCUGUUGAGAAGGGGAGGUGGGCGUGGCUUGCAGGUAGACCACACCUGUCUGAGUUACGUCAGCAAGGACUACAGGUAGGAUACACACACAAAUAGAUAAGUGCUAUAAGCAAAAUUAAGUAAUUUAAACGUGAUGGAGCCCCCUAAUCAAAUAACCUUGCCAGUUUGAUCUGCUGCAUUCAAUAAUUACAAUUGUCAUGAUGUAUCAUUCUGUGAUUAUGUGACAAUUUAUCAUUUUUUUUACAGAAUCACUAUAUCAUGAUAUCAUAGUUAUUAAGGGUCAUGUGCUAAAUCCCAACUGUAAUAUUUUGUACUGCAUUAGAACACUACAUUGCUUGUGUUACAUUGUAUUGUGGUAUAGUUAAUUGUACAGUAUUGUUUUAUAUCACAUCAUACAUCACAUUAUUCCUUCUAUUGAUUGCAUCAUGUAACAUUACGUUUCAUGAAAUCCCAGUACAAUCCAUCACUUCACAUGGGAUCACACUGGACAGUAUCAUGUUAUAUUGCCCUGCUACUAAACGUAUCACAUUGCAUUUUCUCACAGGAUAUUGCAUUGUCCUGUAUGUUAUCACAUGAUUGCUCUGCAUCCUAUCCUACUGUAUUAUAUGGUAUUGCAUUGGACCAUGCAGUAUCAUUGCAUAUGAUGUCACAUCGUGUCCAUCUACAACAGUUGUUCUGGUGGCGUUGCAUCGUCUUGUAAUGCAUUGCAAGGUUAAAGGUAAACUCCAUUAUCCCUGUGAAGGACAAUUUGUUCUGCAGCCAGGAGUAAGAAAUGCACAAGCAAUAAACAGCCUCAUAAAAAUAAUAAAAAUACAUAAAGAAAAAAUAGGAAAUGGAGUAAAAAAAAGUCAGGUGGGGAGUAAAUAAUUCAAGGAGUAAGUAAUAAGCUGGUUAUUUAAAGAGCUAAUUGCAGCUGGGACAAAUGAAUUUUGAGUCUCUUAGUCCUGCAUUUUGGAAGCUGUAUCUGCGGGUUGAACUCAGAGAAAAUAAUGAGGCUCUCUGAUUUUCUUCCUCUGUUUGUCUUCAGUGUUUCCAGAACCAGACAGGAGCAAUAACAAGAACCAUGGUGACCAAAAAGAUCCGGACAGAGUACAUGAAAAAGUUCAAAGAUCCUCGAUGGGAGACGUUUUCAAAAUGCUACGAGGAUUCUGUGAAGUACCGUCUGACCCGGCGGGUCAUGGAGCACUCUCACAAGCCCUGGUUCUGGGAGGGAUGGGACAGUGGCUCUGACUCUAGCGGUUGGUCCACUCCAAGACUGACCAGGAACAAAGUGGCCCCCCUUUCUCUGCCUCCACCAACAUCUUUGGAGGGGAAACAGAGGCAGCCCAGCCCUGCACCAAGACCAUCUUCUGAGGACGGAGGAGAGGUUGAGGCGGGAUCUGGAGAGGAGGCAGCUGUAGAUGCUGCUCCGCCCACAGGUGAGGAAACAGUUUCUGACUCUGACUACACCCGGGCAACAGUUUUGUACGCCUGAAAGUCACAAAGUAUUUUGGUGCAUAAACAAUCAGAAACAGUGAAUUUACCAACGAGUCAAUCCAAACCUGUCCUGCUAAAUUUAUCUGACUGAUGUAAGGUUUUAACAGAGACUCUCCACACUGAGUUUUUCCUGCUUUUGCUGUCUGCACUUGUUGUCCUGUUUUCUGUCCAGCUCCCAGGGAUAUUUUGGACAGUCUAACAGAACCUGAGAGGAGUUUCUUUGUGCUCCUCUCUGACAGUACGAGGGCCAGAGGCAGCAGCCAAAAAUAUUGGCGGAUUAAAGUUUCAGUGAUCAGUUUGGACUGUUUCCUCCUCUUCAGACUCAGAUUUAAAGAACAUGUCGUUUCUCUGAUUACACUCAGGGGGACACGGGAAUGAGUCAGUAGAUGUGUUUUUUCAUCAUCAUUAUUUUCAUUAUUUUUUAUUUUAGUCCUGAAAAUGAGCCAUCAUCACAGUGCUACAAAUUAAACACAGAGAAGAAAAUAAAGUUUCUUAUUCUCACCAAACUCAACUGAUUUGGUGUUUUUUUAGAUAAAUGUCAAUUUACAGCUCUUGUCAGCACAGUAUGACCCCUGAACUCUCUGAUUUUUGUCCUGUAAGUCAUGUUUUUAUCAUACAAAUCAUAUCCUGUUUUCUUUUAACAGACAAAUGCAUCGUUCAUCAAGAACCUUCGCUGAAAAAAAUGGUCAAAUGUGAAGUUUAUCACAGUAUCUGAGUGUCCAGCGUUUAGAAAAGAGGGUUCCCUUUACAUAAGGGUUUAAAAAAGGCUAAAAAUAAAAAUCCUGAAAAGAAAUUUUCAUUUUAGUUACUUUUAACUGUCUAAUUCAGCACCUGAUGGGAAACUCUGCAAAGUAAAAAUGGAUAAAAGCUCUUUUGUCAGCUGUUAAUCUUUGAAACUCUGUUCUGUAAAACUAGAACAGCCUGGUAGGAUAAGUGAAAAGUAUUAAAAAUCAUAAUAGCAAUAACAAGAAGUUAACCCCUUAAACACUAGUUUCAAACAAACUGCAGAAAUCUGAAUUGUGGAAUUGUUUCAUUGAGCUGGUUAGGAUCAAGUCAUCAGUGGUUUGAUAUUUAAAGCUUGUGGCAUAAUGAGAGAAAAGCUGCUGAAAACACAAUAACAUAGAUCAGUGGUUCUCAAGUCCAGUCCUUGAAGCCCACUGUCCUGCAUGUUUUGGAUGUUUCCCUGCUCCAACACACCUGAUUCAAAUGAUCAGCUCGUUAUUAAGCCAUUACAGAGCUUGAUAACGAGCUGAUCAUUUGAACCAGGUGUGUUGGAGCAGGGAAACAUCCAAAACAUGCAGGACAGUGGGCCUCAAGGACUGGACUUGAGAACCACUGAAACAGAUGAUGCAGGUAUUUAUUUACAAAAGUAGAUAAAAAAAGGUUCUUAAAGCCACAAUAAUAAACAAAAGCUCCCGCUAACAAGAAGCGAAAACUCUUUACACAAGGAGUGAACUUAAACACGGUUCCUGCCACCACACUGAACCACAGAGCAAGAGAAAGUCAUGAAAACCAAAAUGACAGCAGAGGCAGUUUUAACACUGAGGGCUUAAAACUGAAAAACAAAGACAGCUCCAGCUGCCUGAAACUCUGAGACAGUGUUUCUUUAAUGAAACAUGUUCUUCUCUGACUCUAACCUCAAGCGUUUGUGUGUAUUUGUGUGUGUCAGUGGUGGAAAACGGUGUGAAUGAAGCCAGCGGGGGUUCGGUGGAGGUGGCUCCAGACAACAACGGACCAUCAGACGACACAGACAAUGGUCCUGCAGACACGCAGUCUUCAGACGGUGAGCUGGUGAACCCUGCACCGAGGAGACGCCACCGCCGCCGCACCCCUAGGUCUGAGCCUGGAAACCGGGACAGUUCCCAUGAUGAUAAACCAGUUGUUGUGCGUAAACCACCCAGAGCUAAGAGCCAGCCUGCAAUCAGCACCAAGGAAAAGGAAAACAGGAGGCCGUCCAGCCGACUGGACUGGACCGAGAAGCAGACUGAGGUCAGAAGGACGCCGAAUGAUGUGAGUGUUUAAAUAUAUAGAGAAUGACGCCUUUUCUCAGAUACAAACAGGGACUGAAAAACACUGUAAAAGUGAAGUUAUCUGCCGUGAAAAAGGUACUCAGAUCUUUCAUUUUAGUAAAAGUAGACAUAUAGUAGAGUCAAACUCCUUCACCACUAAUUAAAGUCAAAAAAGAAUCAAAGUUUAACUUGACUGACUGAUGGAGAGAGCCCCCAUGAUCCAAAUCUGCUAGAAGAUAUUUGCAGAUGUGUUCAAAUCUCCAAACUCUUCGUGCAUCAUGUGAAUGAGAAAGUGAAGGAGAGGAAGUUUGGAUGUGAAAGGUAGAAGUGAGAACCUUUUCAGAGUGGGUCAGGGAGGUUCAGUUUGGAUCACAGGACACCAGAGAAGUGAAGCCGAGUCACCCAACACUGCUGUCAUCAAUAAUAAAACACUGGUGUGCUUUUCGGAAACGACCCUCUGGUUUCUCCUCUCAGAACAACACGUCUGAUGCCUGUGUCCAGACCCGCAGAGAGUCCGACAAACGGGGCUCAAACCUAGACCGCCGGCGGGCUCGCUCAGCCGAUCUGGAGAAGGUAAGGAAGUCGCAGCUGAUGGUGGUGGACGACCGCUGGAUCACCGAGUACAUGCGCUGCUUCUCCGCCCGGCUGAGGUAGAAACAGGAUCCUCCAACUUCAGAACAUGCUUCCCUACAGAGUCAGACAGUGGGGCUGGAGUUUGUUUAUUUGUUUGUUUGUUUGUUUGUGGAGCUGAAGCAACAAGAAAAAGUGAGAGCCACCUUACAGUCUGUCAAAAGAAACAACAGUCUCAUCUCUGAUUGGACCCAGAAGGAGUCAGAAAGUGGGCAGAUGUUCUCUAAAUCUUAAAUAUCGUUAAAUAAGCAACAUGACCAGGUUACGUUAGGGUCAGAAAACAUUCAUUUAAUUAAUAUUUUACCUAAAAAGACACAUUUUAUUCCUUUAUUUGUCUAUUAAAACUACAUUCCCCAUAAGCCCCAGUGUGUCUUCAUAUAACCCCACAUCGAGAGAACAAUUGCUGGAAAGAGGAGAGGAAUUUUUAGGCUCAUAAGAAGACUUAUAAGAAGAAUACUUCUCCAAAUAAACUUCGCAUGAUUUAAACUAUUAAUUUUGGGAACGAAGCAGACAGGAAUCUUUGGCAUGUUGCAUUAAUUUACACUUACUUAGACAAACCUGUUAUAAUAGAGACAAUAUUGACACAACAGAAGAAGGAAUGAUCCAAAUAUUGAAGAAGCGACUGAAUUUAAGAGUUGUGAGAACUGUAUCUGCUCUAAAUUUACUUGAUUGAUUAUUUAUGGCCUCAGUGCGCUGAGCAGUACUUUCACGUUUUUGUCCGACACCUACCUCUCCACUCCAGUUUCAGACAUUAAAAAUUACAGUAUAAAAAAUGUAAAUCUUGUCACUGAUGAUCUUAUUUGCUUUUGUGCAUCGUAAACAGACAUCAGUUUGAAUUUCAGUCAAUUUCGUAAAGGUUAAAAAAUGCUUUCAGGAGCUUUAAGAUCAGAGCAGAGUUCUAGUAUUAACGAUAAAAUGUCACAUGAUUUAAAAGCUCUUAAAUUAACAGUUUCAAAAUUUUGACAUCAUGCUGACCUGAAAUAACCCCACCCACUUUCUGACCUCUUAUCUUAUGGGGCAUAAUCUCCUGUAUUUUUUCCUCUAAGAGAGAAAAAUGACGGUUUUUGUGUUGCUUCAGCUUCCCCUUGGAGUAAAUCGCUGCUGUCAAGAGAAACACAACACCAACUUUAUGACUGAAUCACAUUUCUAUUUAGGGAAGUUUUUGUAGACUGUGGUGCACCUUGAUGUCCUCUUUUUAGUCAUUCACCACAGAAAUAAUGAUGAAGCUUCCAAACUGAGAGAUUCACUGAAAAACAAACACAUCUUUAACAUCCAGAAAUCAGAUUUCUGAUGGUGACUAUUCUCUUUCCAGGGGACUCUCACCUCCUUAUAUGGCAUCUGAGCAGAUCUCCACUGAUCAUGUGUCAAAGAUCUGAUGCUUAUUGAAACCAUGAGCUCAAAUACGACUGUUAUCAUCUAAAUUUGAAGGAUUUCUGAAGUUUCUUCCACUUUUAAAAGUUUGUUUCUCUCUGAUGGCAGCGACUCCUCAGAAACAAUGCGACAAGCUGAAGUCUGAGUUUCUGAGGAAGUUGAACAAACAUUAAGGGAGUCUGGUCUUUCAGAGUUUUUAUAAGGAGUUAAAUAUGAAUAUUUGAAUGUCUUAAGUUUCUGAGCAUGAAAGUCUUGAUGUAAAUGUUUAUUUUCUCAGUCAUUUUCAGCUUUGACUUAAAAAGGCAGCUGUGUGUGUGUGUGUGUGUGUGUGUGUGUGUGUGUGUGUGUGUGUGUGUGUGUGUGUGUGUGUGUGUGUGUGUGUGUCUCACUCAAAGGCAGCAGAAAGGACCAAACCGGAGUAUUUUUGAUAUUUGACUAUUUUGGAUGCAAAGAUUUGAAUCAAGGUUACUUAGAAACAUAAAAAAGACAUUUAUCAAAAACUUGACAAGUAUUUAAGGUGUUUUGUGAGUAAAAACGUGUUUUAAUCUGUGCUACAUCCAUAAUAAUCGCAGAGUUGACCUGGUUUUGCAGCUUUGUCAUGUUGAAGUGCAGUCUCUUUAAUAGUAAAUGCUAUCAUGGUGCUUUUAUUAUAAUCUGCUGGAUUUAUUCCUCUUUCAUCAGCAAAGAACCAAUGAUCAAAACGGAUCAAUCACACAGUGAUCAGAGCUUUUUCAGCUGAUGCUUUAACAGGUCUUUUCAAAUGCAGCUCUCUCAUAUUUUUCUGUUUUGUUGCUGAAGGCAGCUGAAGUGUUUUGUGUUUUAUAAUCCAGCUUUCCUUCCUCUCAAGCACGGGUUUAAUACCUCACCUAAAAUAAAAACCACCUCCAAAAAAAGAAAAAGAAAUACUCUAAUGAAUUUUAAAUAUUCAGGGUCAAAUGAGCAGAGAGUUUACAGUAAAAAAAAACUGAAAUGUUUCAUAGAGUUUGAGAGAUUCUGGCAGACGGACUCGUCUGAACUCAAGAUGAUCAUAAGAUUUAUUUUACAAGUCUGUAAUUCCUCAAUUUAACACCUUUAUUUUCAACGUUUAACCACCUUAUAAAGCUAAAAGUUCAUCAAACAAAAAACUAUUAUGACUUUAAAUAAGAUCUGUCAGUUGUUUGGAGUUUAGCGCCCCCUUUGGAUAGAGCGUGUACCUCAUUUAAAACUGUUAUUUGUAUUCAAUCAAGUUUAUCUUUGACAAACUAACAGAAAAGAGAGCUGGAUUUCCUGAUCCUUGGCAGAAAAGGGAGGAUUAAUAAUCUGGAUUAAAUAUUUUUAACACCUGAGUCCAUGAUCUGUAGUUUACUAGCAGAAAUUCAACUGUAAGCGUAAGAUCUUUAGAGAGAAAAUCCUUAAUAUGGAAGAGUGAGGUUUCAGAAAUACAAGAAUGAACUCCUAGAUGAACAAGAGAAAGACCGAAAAUUAAAAGAAUAAAACAGAUAAAUGUUUAAAUACUUCAGUUUGUCAGUCAUGAGGAUGUACACUUUUAUAGUUGAGUAAAACAUUCAAUAUUUCUCUAUAAUUAUUUUUUUUAAUGCAGACAGUCGGCUGCUCCUCUGACCCUCCCUUUCAAAAUAAAACACUUACCAUAUUCUCCUAAUACAGUGGUUCUCAAGUCCAGUCCUGGAGGCCCACUGUCCUGCAUGUUUUGGAUGUUUCCCUGCUCCAACACACCUGAUUCAAAUGAUCAGCUCGUUAUCAAGCUCUGUAAUGGUUUAAUAACGAGCUGAUCAUUUGAAUCAGGUGUGUUGGAGCAGGGAAACAUCCAAAACAUGCAGGACAGUGGGCCUCGAGGACUGGACUUGAGAACCACUGGUCUAACACAAUGAUUUGAUUCUGAAUUGGUAUAUCAAUGACUUUAUGUUCCUUAAAUUCAACUUUAUCCAGAUAAUUAAGAUUUGAUCCUUUCUCUACUUAGUUUUAAAACUUCCUUGUCAAAGCCUGACAAUUUUACCCUAUUAAUAUUGGGGCAAAUAUUCUUGUUAAUGUCUGAUUUUAUUCUCUUUUAUUUAAAUCAUACUCAUAAUUUGAAACUUUUUUUUCACUCUCUUACCUGAGUAACAGGAUUAAUAUUUAAAUGUUUAUUAGGGUUGAGAUCGGUCACUUGUAUUCCUUACCACCAAAGCUGUGGUGAGUAAUUGAGGAGUUACAGACCUGUUUUCAGUCAUUUACCUUUAAGUCUCAAUUCACUCUCAGUUUGGUGUUUCUGUCCUGUGACGGGCCGAAUGAGAAAAAAAAGGGAAUAUUUCAAACUGAUAAAAUUCACAAAUAUUUAACAUUUAUAAUAUAUUGAAAGUAUUUUGGACUAAACUGUGAGUGUUUGUGGUGAAGUUUACUGACUGUUUCACCUGUUUGUUUGUUUGUGUAUUGACUGUGUCUAAAGAUUGUAAAUACAUGUUAAUGUCAAACUGAGGGCUAAAGUUCUUUAUCUGUUUAUUUUUCGUUAAAAUCUGAACGCUGGUAAAAUGAGAAUGUUUCAAAAUGAUUUUCACCUCCUCACUCUGAAUGUCAAAAAAAAGGGGUUGUCUCUUUUAUUGAUUUCACCCCUAAAGCUUCAACACCUCAUUCUCACGUUUGAGAUAUUUGUUGUUUGUAUCUAGAGUUAAAUUUGAUUUGUUUACUUGUAAGAACACAGGUCAAGUUACAGUUCAUAUUAAACAUGUUCUGGUAUUUAAACGUGUUAGCAUUUGAAGAAACAUGGAUAUGUAAAAUGUUAUGAAACCUGCAGGAAAAAACACAAAAAAAAAUGCAGAUUUGGGAGUUUUAGUCUCAGGAAAAGGUGAUACUGUCUUAUUCCACUAAAAAGAAUACAGACUAAAACAAUCUAAGAAAAAAUUCCUACAUUUCCUUUUGAGACUCCUUAAACUGAAAUAACCCUGAUAUUGCAGGAAAAGCAUCAUCUCAUUGGGCUCUUACUUUGACUCUCCACCAUUGCUGUUUUUAAUUCCUCUUUUUUUCAGCUAGUAGAAGUUUUGAUAUUUGAGAGCGUGUGUUUUAGCUCCAUAAUUAAAUUUGAAAAUGUGGUGUAUUGUUUUAAAUCUCUUUGAAAGUGGAUUAUCAAGACUUUGGUGACAGGAAGAGUUUGUAGUGGUUUGAAUGUUCAUGUUUUUGGAAGUUUUUGUUUUUCUCCACCUUUGUACCUCCUAAGGUCAAAGACAUUCAGACAAUCACACAGUGAAGUAUUUUAGUGUUAUUGAGAGUAAAACCCUAAAACCCUGUAUUAAAAAGCUGAAAACAAACACCAAACUUAAGAAUAGAAGGUGAGGGGUCUGUGAAAUGACUGUUAAAAGACAGUGAUGUGUUGUCUUGCUGUAUCUUUACUGACGCUGUGAGUUGAUAUGGAGUCAGGGCAGGAUGUGAUAUUAAAUAUGUAUGUUUAAAUACUUUAUUUUAUCCUCUGAGCUGGUUUACAUUUUUGCUCACUGUAUUUCUAUCUGAAAACAUGCACAACUUCUAUUUUCAUCCACUCUGCUGUGAAUAAAUCAGAUUUGAAUAAAACAGCA